AUGGCUCGUUUAUCUGGACUUCAGCGAGAUGUUCUAUCCCUGUACCGGAAGUGCCUACGCACUGCCCGAAGCAAGCCGAAUCGCGCGAAUUUCGAACGAUUUGCCAGAAAAGAGUUUGAGAAGCACAUCGACACGAACAGAAAAGAUUUUGCAACCAUCGAGUUCCUGCUGAGGAAAGGCACACGCCAGCUGGAGAUCUACGAGGCGCCCAAUAUCACCAACAUUGCUGGGUGA